ACAAAAGCAGCUAUUCGUACAGCACCUGAAGGCAUCAUAAAACCCGGCUUCAAUCACUGCAGGCGGCGACUUCAACAGUUUGUCAGAACUUCCACACGGACAGGACGACACGUUGAAUGACUAUGUAACAGCAGCUGGAGCCGGGAGCCCUUUUUCUUUUGGUGUGUAACGGUUCUCAGGAGAAAGUAAACCACAUCAUGUUCGCUUAAAAGACCAAAUUAAUAACGGAAAGCCGGUGUUACGGGCUAUACCGUAAGAGCAGCCUUAACAACCGCAAGUUAGCUUAAAGUUUUAAACAAACGGUAACCGGGGGGAAGCUAGCUGUGUGCGCGUAGGCUGAGCUUUGUCUGUUAGUCUGUCUUUGCUUAUUCACUGUCGGUUCAGCCGCUGACGUUCACUUGUCGUCCACCAUCCAAAGAUUUUUUAUUUUUUUUACCAAGACUAAAUUUACUGGAUUGCCAAACUAUUUACAGUAACCCGAAUACAAACAAGAUUGAAUUUCGUCGUCUUAAAAGAUCGAAGGAGACCCACAUCAGCGGAAGUAAACAUUGGAUAUUACAAUACCUGUGUCAAGGAGCUGAAUGGCCUCCGUUGUGACUCCAACGCCAAAAAGCCCAGGAUUUGGACAGCUCCGUCUUUGGAACCGUCGUCACUCAAUCUCUGCCUGCCCCAAAGGAAACUGCUCCCCAGCCUGAAGACCAAGCGAGCUCCCGAGCUCGUCCUGGUGAUCGGGACUGGGGUGAGCUCGGCGGUGGCCCCUCAGGUCCCCGCUCUGCGCUCGUGGAAGGGCCUCAUCCAGGCCCUGCUCGACGCGGCCAACGACUUCGACCUGCUGGAGGAGGAGGAGAGCCGGCGCUUCCAGAAGCACAUGCAGGAAGACAAGAAUCUGGUGCAUGUGGCUCAUGACCUCAUUCAGAAACUUUCCCCGCGGACGGGAAACGUGCGCUCCACCUUCUUCAAAGACUGCCUGUACGAGGUGUUCGACGACCUGGAGUGCAAGAUGGAGCACGCGGGCAAGCACCUGCUGCGCUCCGUGCUGCAGCUGAUGGAGAGCGGCGCCCUGGUGCUCACCACCAACUUCGACAACCUCCUGGAGAUCUACGCCGCCCAUCAGGGCACCAAGCUGGAGUCUCUGGACCUGACGGACGAAAAGAAGGUGCUGGAGUGGGCUCAGGAGAAGCGGCGGUUAAGUGUUUUGCACAUCCACGGCGUCUACACCAACCCCAGCGGCAUCGUCCUGCACCCUGCCGGCUACCAGAAUGUACUCAGGAACACCGAGGUCAUGCGAGAGAUCCAGAAGCUGUACGAGACCAAGUCCUUCGUGUUCCUGGGCUGCGGGCGCACGGUGGACGACACCACCUUCCAGGCCUUGUUCCUGGAGGCGGUCAAGCACAAGUCGGACCUGGAGCACUUCAUGCUGGUGCGGCGGGAGGACGUGGGCGAGUUCAAGAAGCUGCGCGACAACAUGCUGGACAAGGGCAUCAAGGUCAUCUCCUACGGCGACGAGUACGCCGACCUGCCCGAGUAUUUCGAGCGGCUGGCCAACGAGAUCUGCAACCGGGACGUGUCGGCCAACGACUGGGGAUCACAAAACGAGGAACUGCAGAGUGGCUUUAGCGCACAGAAAAGCCUUCUCCAAGGUUAGGACUGAGCAGGAGCGGAGGAUGUUUUCAGAAUGCCAAAAUCACACCCGGCCCAGACUUGUCUCGCUGCCCGCUGGCCGAUGGGAAAUCCCGGCCCCGCUCCUUUUUAAUUCCCCCCUCCCUCCACAAAGAUUCCGGAGUUGACAUUUCAGUUGAUGCUCUUCACUGGUUCUCCUCUGCAUCCCUGCUUCACCGAGUGCUGCGUGGUUUAGUUUUGUUACAAAAGUUCUCAUUUCAUAGAGGGUGAAGCUUCAGCUCUGUGCCACUGCUCGACCUCAGACCACCUCCUUUUUUUUUUUUGGGUGUAUUUAAAUGUUGCCUCAACCCCAAAAGUUUGAAAGGCUCGGGGGCACCUUCAUGUAGGCAGAGCGCGGAACCCGUUGCUGUCGGAGCUUGCCUUCUGGUUUGAGGAUUCCUCAUGCGGAUGGACCCAACCCGUCAGGCUGUAUCCCUGCAACCACGGAACAUUUGCAUGCUAGCGGCCCGGGAGGAGAUCCACCUCCGAAUCAGUUCAUGUCUGACAACGCGGCGAAAACAAUCUGUCACUCCUGUGCUGAAAAUGAAAUGUAAUUUGUAAGCCUUUCUUCUCUUUCCUCUUUUUAUAAAAAAAAUAUUGUGUUUUAUUGUGUAAUAUUUAUAAAUAAAGCUUUUGGUAUCCCCCCCCCACUAAUUUGCUCUUGAAGACCAUUUUUUGGCACACAUCUUACAGAACAAGUUCCACUUUCCAGGCUGUCUUGUAGCAUAUAGCAGCUUUAUUUAGAAAGGU